CUCCCUCUCCAUCUCCUCCCCCCUCUUACACUCCCACCUCGCCAACGACAGCAGUCUCUCGACCAAUCCUACACCCUCUCGAACGGUCUCUGAUCUGGACUGCAAGCAAACACCGAAUUCUUUGGAACCCUCGUCCCCCAUAUACACCAAACCAUCACCAUGAGAGAAGUCAUCAGUUUGCACGUCGGCCAGGCGGGUGUACAGAUAGGAAACGCAUGCUGGGAGCUGUAUCUAUUAGAACACUCGCUGACUGUGGGUAUCUUUCUUGUCUUUACGAGGGCGUGGGGGCUCGAAGUGUACGAGGGAGAGAAAAAACGGACGAGAGUGUCGAAAUCGCGCGUGUCAGAUCCUCGUGUUUGAUUCACGCGUGUCAGAUUCUCGCGUUCCCAGAUUCGCGCGUGUCAGAUUCAAGUGGGAACUAACUUCGGAUAGCCUGACGGUCGUCUGAUGGAAGGCUCUCCGUCUGCCAACGAUGACGGUUUCUCCACCUUCUUUUCCGAGACCGGAUCCGGCAAGCACGUUCCCCGAUCCCUCUACGUCGACCUUGAGCCCAAUGUCGUGGACGAGGUUCGAACCGGUGCUUACCGAAGCCUUUUCCACCCCGAGACCAUGAUCACUGGCAAGGAAGACGCUGCCAACAACUACGCUCGUGGUCACUACACUGUCGGCAAGGACCUCGUCGACAGCGUUCUCGAGCAAGUCCGACGCCUCGCCGACAACUGUUCCGGUCUUCAGGGAUUCUUUGUCUUCCACUCCUUUGGUGGUGGUACCGGUUCUGGUUUCGGUGCCCUCCUCAUGGAGAGGUUGUCGAUGGACUACGGCAAAAAGUCCAAGCUCGAAUUCUCCGUCUACCCCGCUCCCAAGAUGUCUACCUCCGUGGUCGAGCCUUACAACUCUGUGCUCACUACGCACACUACUCUUGAGCACUCUGACUGUUCCUUCAUGGUUGACAACGAAGCCAUCUACGACAUUUGCCGCAAAAACUUGGGUAUCACCUCUCCUUCUUUCACCAACUUGAACCGUUUGAUCGCCCAGGUUGUAUCCUCCGUCACUGCUUCUCUUCGAUUCGACGGUGACCUCAAUGUCGACCUCAACGAGUUCCAGACCAAUUUGGUUCCCUACCCCCGUAUCCACUUCCCUCUCGCCACUUACGCCCCCGUCAUCUCUGCUGACAAGGCUUUCCACGAGUCCAACUCUGUCUACGAGAUGACCACCGCCUGUUUCGAGUCCAACAACCAGAUGGUCAAGUGCGACCCCCGACAGGGCAAGUACAUGGCUUGUUGCAUGCUCUACCGAGGAGACGUCGUCCCCAAGGACGUCCAGGCCGCUGUCGCCAACAUCCGAACCAAGAGGACUAUCCAGUUCGUCGACUGGUGCCCUACUGGUUUCAAGAUUGGUAUCUGCAACGAGCCUCCCGCGCUUGUCCCCGGUGGCGACCUCGCCAAGGUCUCUCGAUCUCUUUGCAUGCUUUCCAACACUACUUCUAUUGCUACUGCCUGGGCCCGACUUGACAACAAGUUCGACUUGCUCUACUCUAAGCGAGCCUUUGUGCACUGGUACGUUGGAGAGGGUAUGGAGGAGGGAGAGUUCUCUGAGGCCCGAGAGGACCUUGCGGCUCUGGAAAAGGAUUACGAAGAGGUGGGAAUCGACAGCGAGAUGGACAACUUCGAGGAGGAAGAGUACUAAGUGGAAUAAUUGGGUUUUUCAAGCUUUUGAAAAUACCUGAAAAAGUCAUAGCACUCGCCGACAGCCCUAUCUUAAUCUCUUAUUUCUGUCUUUGAUUAUGAAAAAGUACGCCUGGACUGUCUACAGAGUCGUAGCCGAUGAUGUAUAGACUUGGAUCGAUGGG